GGCAUCAACUCGCUGUCACUGGCGCUGUUGUCUGGCAUCCUCUGGCAGGAUGCCGAUCUUCACAAGCACCUCCGCUUCUCAAAGGGGUUGAUGUCGCCUCAGGCAGUCUACAUGGCUGUCGUGCGACAGCUGGCACGACGCGGCUUCCGCUUGGGCUCCCUCCUGGACUUCUGGCAACAGCUCCUAGAGGGGGACGAGUACAUGCCACGUUUCGAUCCCCGACGGUCCUUGACAAACGACGUUGUGCGGCGCGCCAUCAUCCCCAGAUCAAAAGUUGAGAACGAGGGCUUCGCUUUGGCCUCUUUGUGGUCUGAGGGUGAGGGAGUGUUGCCUCGAACUAUGGUGACACACAAUUGGACGAACACCUUCUCCAACCUGGUGGCGGGCAUCCUGGCAGAUGCCCUCAGCUGCAGCACGUACGACGAGAUCGUGUCACAGAUCGUUACAAAGCCCGGCUUUGCGGAGCUCAGGGCACAGCUGGCUGACAAGCUGGAUCUCACGUAUUGGGUGUGCGCCUUCUCCGUGAACCAGCAUGCAAGCAUUUGUGGAGGCUUUGGGAGAGAGCCUCCGCCAAACACCUUUGAGUGGAAAGUUUGGCAUGCAAAGACUUGCGACUCUGUCACUGCGGAGCCCUUCACUCCUUGCACGUGCACGCUGGAGAAGAUCUUCUGCCACGAGGGAAACGAAGACCCAAGGUGCGAGCUGAACAAGUUCGAUGAUAUGAUGAAGCAUAUCUACGUGGAUGAAGCAGUCGAAGGCUUCGGCCAGCUGAUUGUGGUGGACAACCACUUUGAGGUUCUGUACAGGGCAUGGUGCGUAGCGGAGAUCGUGGAAGCGAACGUGCUGCAGAUCCCAUCGCGAAUAGAGGUUCCUUCGCAAGAAGCAGUUGACCGGAACUAUGACAGGCUUGCUCUGCUUGACGUCCGCGAGUGCUCGGCUUCAUCUCCACGUGACAAAGACAUGAUCUUAUCGAAGAUUGCAGAUGUUCCCGCGUUCAACGAACGCUUGCAGGACCUCGUCUUCAGUACGGAGACCGGCAUGUUUCGAAAGUGGGUUGACGGCCAAGAACGGUCUCGACAAGUCGGGAGAAUUCUACGGCGAUGCUCGUUGGGGCUGCAUGACGAAGUUCAUCCUCCCAUAAAGUUUUACGGCUGCUGUCCGACCGUGGUGGGUGCCCUUAGGAGAUAUCAUGACUCGGAUUCGGACGACGUAUCCUCUGAGGAGGAGUCCGCAAGCGAUGCAGCCUAA